AAAUGUCAGCCACAAGAUACAAGAGAUUAACUGACAUUGAUCUAGAUGCGGAUAUUAAUACCAUUCCUGAAUCUCGUUCUAUUCAAUCAACAUUAAUUGGUUUUAUUCUGUUGUUUGGAUUCGUAGCAUGUAUGAUAUUUCUCACAAGUGUUCAAGCUCAUCCGGCAAGAGUAUCACUACAAGAUAAUGGAAAAAACAGUCCAAUUCUAAGAACUCGGUCUCAAGAAAAACCGAGAAAGAGGAAUAUUACCAAAUGGAUGGACAAUUAUUUUACGGCCGAUGAAAGUCAAUUUCUAAAUUGCUCAGAAAUGAUAAAAAACAACAAAGACGUAAUUGAGCUGUAUGUGAAUAAUGGACGAAUGAAACUUGACAACGAACGAUUAUUUGAAUUACCAAUGGAUUGUCCUUCAAUAAAAAAUCGAAUAUAUGGAGACAUGCCAUCAUUUCGACCUCUCAAACGACCCAUCGCUUUUGUACGAACUAUUUAUAAGAUUUACGAACUUCAAGAGGCUUUACUAUCUAUAUCAUACCAUCCAGACAAUGUCUUCUGUUUUGUAAUGGAUUCAAAGAGUACUGAUCGAUUAAAAGAAUCUGUUAGAAUAAUGAGUAGUUGUUUUACAAACGUUGUAGUACUUGGAAAAGAGUAUAGUUUGAACAGUGGAGGUCAUGGGCAAGAUCCAGCACAUUUUGAUUGUCUCAAAACUAUAUUAGACAGAAAAUGGGAUCAUGCUAUUAUUCUUCAGAAUUUCGACUUGAUAAUCAAAACGCCUUAUCAACUAUCAGAUAUUAGUGAAUCCCUCAAUUACACAAGUAUCAUGGGUUUUGAUCAUGGAUUCUCCUACAGAUACAAUACAAAAGCAAAGUGGACUCCGGCUGGGAUGAAGCUUUUUAAAAUUGAAACUGGAGUGCCAAAUGAAAUUCUUAAUAGAAACCUAAUUGUUCGGAAAAGCUUAAACGAAGUCAUUGUCUCAAAAGUCUUUGUGAAAUCAAUGUUCGAAAAAUUGAAUAUGGAUAUAAUCAUCAAACUAUUUGAUGAUAACGAUUACUAUGGAGUUGACGAGAUGCUUGUUCAAACACUUUAUGAAAACUAUCUUGGUUUGGAAGGACAAAUGGAAUCAAAUUGUACUAGAAAUCACAAUGAUAUUCUGACAAGAAUGACGCAUUGGGAUUUUAGUGGUCCUAAUGGAUUUGACAAGGAAUGUCAUUCGAAAUGGAAACGGCAUGGAAUUUGCAUUAUGGGUGUUGAAUACAUGAAUGAACUAAUUAAAAGUCAACAAGUCAUAGCAAACAAAGUUAUGGCAACUUUCGAUUUCGGAACUAUUGCUUGCAUGCGUGAGAUGAUAAAAAGAAAUACUGCAGGGGAAACGCCAAAUACCCAAUGGUUAACUUCUUUUCCGCAGUUUCGAGAAAUGCAACAAAAGGCAAACGGGACAUACGACAGGAAUAAGUUUGAUUGUUAAAGUUGGAUGAUUUAUGCGGGUUUCCAAUGUUACGGGAAAUUACUUCGUGUAAUUUUUAUUUAAUUGUGUUCUAAUUUAUGUCAUUUACAAGUAUUAUUUCUUUACAUAAAAUUGUUUGAAAGUCAA